AGAUGUUUCUGAGGACUUUAUCAGCCUGUGAGCCUCAUACUCUGAUCCAUACAUUCUGACUCCUGCAGGUAAACACCUGAUGGAUGGAAACGGCACUCAGGACGUCUAUGAGGCGGAAGAACACUCCAACAUCACGCUGACAUUGUCGUCUCCAGUUUUCUCUUCCUCCAGCAGGAUGUACAUGGAUCUGAUCAAUAAGGAGCCUCUAAGGUGCAUUUAUCGAUAUGACAGCACAUAUCAGCCUGAGCCGUACAUGGAUGAAACACUAAGAGGCCGAUUCCAGUGUGAUCUACAGCAAGAUGAGGACGGACAGAUCCGAUGUCUCCUGAGGGACCUGAAGUUUAGCGACGCAGGACGCUAUCAAUCCUUCAUUAGGGUUGAUGGAAGAAGCACUUUCACAAAUUUGGAGGUUGUCGUCAAAGCUGUAAGAGAAGCAACUCAAGAAGAGUCUUUAAAUGCAACACAACGUGAGAGGCCUGGGAUGUAUGUGGCUUUUGGUUUAUUUGGACUGACAUUAGUAAGACAAUAUCAUUGCACCAAGUCAUUGAUGGAAGGUCACCGCGGUUAUCCAGCUGUUUCCAUGUCAACCUCACCUCGGGUAGCUUCCCUUUCCCCCACUGAUUACAUGCCUUGCUGCAAACCCCGUUUCUCUUAUGUAAUUUUAAAAUUCAAAGAAAGGGAAAUAUUUCGCUGGGAGCAUGACCAUUGGAUAUCAGAUAUUUUCUUCUGAUCCUUUACAUUUUCCUAAAAGAUGUUAUUUUUCCACAGUGAACUCAGCUACAAA